AUCAUGUGGUGGGAAGAUCUCCAGAACUUCCUACUGGUGGGCCGACACCUUCCACAAUGGCCUGGCCUCAGAGCUCUCCGCCAUCUCAUUUUUAAUAUUCCACCUCCUGAUGAGGACGACGAGACCGUUGUCACGGCGCCUGGGACCAUUUCCUGUGUACCUACCGCUGGUAAAAAUCGAGUUGCACUCCUAACUAUACUCUCAUCUGCUCUAUUUGCCCGUCUCGCCCGUACAUACAAUCGCAAAAUCAUCGAGAACGCCAUCACUUCCGCACGCAAAGCCUUAUCACUCUCGCCUCCGACAGAUGAUCGCGACGCCGCAUUAUUGUACUCCCUUGCCGAGCUGCUCCUCUGUCGAUUCGAGCUUAUUGGCCGGCCAGCAGACUUGGACCAAUGCAUAGAGUAUGCUCGUGCAGCCGUCUCAUGUUGCCCGCCGGAAUCGCCAGCCCGACCCAUGUCACUGGAUGUGCUCUCGCGAUCGCUGCUCUCUCGAUAUGAGCAUUUAGGCGAAUCUGGUGAUUUGGAGGAAGCGAUCGGACACGCACAGGAAGCCGCUUCCCUUUGCUCUGCGGGACAUCUUGAUUAUCCCCAAGCUCUGGCGACGGUGGCUGCCGGGCUUCUCACUCGUUCCAAAUGUACCGGAAAGCUGGAUGACAUGGCGCAAUCGGUCUCGCUCUCCUAUGAGGCCCUUUCCCACUGCUCUCCCGCAAUGCCCAUUCGCCUUGUACUCCUUGACAUCCUUGUUCCUGCUCUCAUUACCCGCUUUACUCACGAAGGACGGCAAGAGGAUCUAGAGAAAAGUAUUGAAUAUGGAAAUAAAGCGCUCGCACUUUCCCCGCAGGGUCGCCCCGACCGCCCUCUCUCUGUGGUCAACCUGGCCGUUGCGAAAUGGACCCGCUUCGUGUUUGCCAGCAGACGGGAGGACAUAGAGGAUAGUGUUGCCUCUCUCCGCCAAGUCGCCGAACCGCUUUCAUCCGGAGCCACGAUUCGUGCUGUAGCUCUCGGCAGACUAGCAGACGCUCUACGCCACCGCUUUAUGUCUUACGGAGCUCUCGAGGACCUGGAAGAAAGCAUAGUUCUCGGGAAAGAAGCGCUGUCCACCUGCGAUCCGCACGCGCCAAGCCGUGCAAUGAUACUCAACAGCCUGGCCUCCUCAUUCGGUCAGCGCUUCGGAUAUGCUGGAGAGGACGAGGAUUUCAACUUGUCGAUGGAGUACAUUCGGGAAUCUCUUUCCUUAUGCCCACCAGGAGCUGUUUCUCGCCCUGACUUGCUCCUUAACUUGGCAGUAGCGUCGGAGAUUUGGUUCUGCGGAAGCGGGGAAUCAGACGCUCUCACCCAGAGCGUGGGGUCCGCCCGUGCCGCUCUGUUACUUUGUUCGCAUGUACACCCUCACCGACACAGAAUACUGGAGCAGCUUUGGAAGUCUCUCGGGCGUGUCUUUGAACAAACAGGGGAUCUGGAGGACUUGGAACAAUGCAUUAACUAUCUAGAGAUGGCCCUUGCGUCGUUAUCGCAGGAAGCACCACUCCCGCCCUCCGACUUGAUGACAUACGUGAAUACGAUAUCUGCGCUAGCAUCAGCCCUUGCUGAACGAUCCGACUUGACGACAGGUGGCCACCGUGACGACGACCUCAGCAGGAGCGUCGACCUCAGCUACAAAGCGCUUGCGCUUUGUCCUAUAGGCCACCCCAGUCGCUAUCGUGUCAUAGAUAGUUUGGCAUUCGCUCUCAGAAUACGAUUCGGAAUUAAUGGCAAUUUGGACGACUUGGACAAUGCGAUCAUCUACAUGCGCGAAAGUCUCGAAAUAAAAUCCGAUUCACUCGGGUUUCUCAAUCGUCUUUCUACCAUAACGGCUCUGGCGAGCGCUUUGUCCAGUCACUUCCGACUGACACGUCAGCCUGACGACCUCAGAGACAGCAUCAAGUACAGUUACGAAGCUCUGUCGCUGUGUCCGCCGGGGCAUUCGGGCCGUGCUGCCGUUUUAUGGACCCUGUCAUCAUCCUUGGGCGGGCGAUUCAACAUGACGAGACAGUCGGAGGACCUGAACCGCUCCAUCUCCUUUCUUCGCGAGGCGAUAUCCGUGGAUCAAGAUCACAAGUCACCUUAUCACAUGAACUUGUUGAGCGCACUGACGCAGUAUCUUUGCAUCCGGGCGAACGAGAUCCGCCGGGACGCUGAAGCUCGCGCCGAAGACCUCAGAGAAUGCAUGCGGUACAUAGAGGUGGAGCUACAUCUCUGUCCACCUGGAGAUCCUGACCGGAGCGGAGUCAUCCGCCGCUUUGCUCAGUAUCACCUCUGUCAAUACGAACAGACUAGGGACCCUGAGGAUAUGCAGAAAGCUAUCGACCACUUCCGGGAGGCUCUGUCCCUUUCAAACUCCAGCUCCUUGCAUCUAGUCAACAGCUUAGGAAGAGCUCUAAUCGGGCGAUACAGAGCGCUCCAGGCGGUGGAGGACCUUGACGAGUGUAUUGAUCAAGGACACAGGAUGCUGUCGCUCUAUCCUCUGGAACAAGGUCAUCCGGAACAUAUUGAUUUAUUGUACAAUCUUGCAUCUUCUUUGGGUGAAAGACAUGACAAGACCGGGGAUCAAGAGGAUGUGUCCAAUGCUAUCCUCUAUGCCAGAGAGGGCGCGCUCCUCGAAUCAACUGCCUACCGUCUCAGGCAGCUGGACUGUGCAAUAUUGUGGGCACAUCUGGCCCAUGAGAAUGGUCAUCAUUCAGCAAUGGAAGCUUACCACAGGAGCCUUGAACUGUUGCUGCGGGAUCUCGCAAUCACCCCAACACUGGAAAUGCAACACGAGGUGGCUCAAAAUCAGCAAUCUUUGACUUUGGACGCCGCGGCAUACGCAAUAAGCCAGGGAGAUCUCGAACUCGCUGGUCGCAUGCUGGAGGCAGUCAGUACUUCUGCAAAUCCAUUCAUACCCGUCUCAGAUGCUGGUGAACGCUCCGAUUUGUAUGGGCAUAUGCUCGAGACGAAACGCCGCCUGUCGGCCGAGCUAGACGAUGUCAUCGACCAGAUCCGCGCAAAGAUCCCAGGCUUUCUCAGACCGCCCUCCUACGACAGACUUAAGGCGGCUUCGGCAGAGGGACCGGUUAUCAUCGUCAACAGCAGCAGAUUCCGCUCGGAUGCUCUAAUCCUUGGUCCCGGCGAUACUCUCAGCUGCGUCAAGUUGGUCGAUGUCUUUUUCAAGAGGGCCGUCGACUUGGCAAACGACCUGCUGGGGGCCCGCGAGUCCCUGAGCACUGCGCCGAAGAAAUACGACCGAGUCCUGCGCCGGACGCUAGAAGAGCUCGCGGAUCUCGUUGUAGGCCCAGUCGUGGAGAGAUUGAAGGAGCUCGGAGUCAAGAAAGGGUCGCGGAUUUGGUGGUGUCCUACCUUCGCAGUGUCUAUACUGCCGCUGCAUGCCGCGGGCCCAAUCGCAAUGCCAGAGCUGAGGUCCUCCAAAGGCAAAGUAUACCUUCCGGACUUGUAUAUCCCAUCCUACACUCCGACGCUUACUGCGCUGAUUGAAUCCCGAGCGACUGGUGGUGGUCGUCGAGUGAAGCACGAGGGCCUUCUUGGUGUCGCUCUGCUCGACAGGACGCUAGGAGCGGUGGGAAAAGAAGUGGAAGUUCUCCGCGCACACUUCGCGGAUAGUAGCCUAACGCUCGCCAUUGAGAGUCACUGCAACCGUGAGACGGUGACUGCAGGUCUCGUGGAGCGGCCAUGGGUACAUUUCUCCUGCCACGGGACGUUAAAGGCGGGCGAACCUCUCAGCUCAGCGUUCAUCCUUUCUGGAGGCGAGCGGAUCACUCUGCUCGACAUCAUCAAAGCUGGCCUCCACCGUGAUAAUGCAGAACUAGCUGUCUUGUCGGCCUGCCAUACUGCUGAAUGGACACCGGACAGUGCUCUGGACGAGGCACUCAAUCUGGCCGCUGCGAUGCAGUUUUCUGGCUUCAAGAGCGUGGUGGGGACGAUGUGGCAACUGCAGGAUGAGGAUGGGCCGACGUUUGCCAAAGCUUUUUACGACGCGUUGUUUGCAGAGCAACGCGACAAGUCGGAUACGCCCCAAGGAUCAGAGGUCGGAUUCAAGAGGGCUGCGAGGGCAUUGUGCUCAGCUGCGAAAGAGAUGCGGCGAAACGGAGCUAAUCUGGAGAGAUGGGUCAAUUUCGUGCAUAUCGGGGCAUAAAGAAAUCUGUACAGAAUGUGUGUUAGUAAUGAACGCCCUGGGACGGACUGACGCAUACGGAGACCAAGUGCAUUUGAUUCAUCUAGCCUAGCUCUGUGCUAUCACUGAUUGGUACACAUAGC